CAUCCUCCUCCUGCAGGGAUCCUCGCGCGCGCGGACAGUGAUGCAGCUGCGCGAAAAGAGAGUGCUGUCCUCAGCCCAUUGUUCGCCUGCUCUUCACCUUCAGCCUCGGCCUGGUCUGUGAGCAUCAUGACAAAAUCAUACCAGUUCAACUGGCAAAAACACAUUCCUGAUUUCCUGCAGGAGGGAGCCGUGUUUGACCGAUUCGAUGAGGAUCCCUUCGUCUUAGAGCCCAGCUGCCAUUUCAGAGUCGACGAAUUUGGGUUCUUUCUCACGUGGAAAAGUGACGGAAAGGAAGGUCAGCUUCUAGAAUGUUCUCUGAUCAACAGCAUUCGUCCUGGAGUCGUGCCGAAGGACCCAAAGAUCCAGGCGUCUCUGGAAGCGUCAGGGAAGAGUGAGGCGGAUCUGGACGGCCGCAUCAUCUGCGUGUGCAGCGGGACGGACCUGGUCAACCUCAGCUUCAUGUACAUGGUGACGGACAACACGGACACGGCCAAGAAAUGGAUGGAAGGCCUGAAAUCGGUGAUUCACAACUUCAAAGCGAAUAACGUAUGUCCAAUGACUUGCCUGAAAAAACAUUGGAUGAGACUCUCCUUCCUAACGAAUGUCAACGGCAAAAUACCGGUCCGAGGUAUCACACGGACAUUUGGCUCUGGUAAAACGGAGAAAGGAAUCUUCCAGGCAUUGAAGGAACUCGGUCUCCCCAGUGGAAAGAAUGAUGAAAUCGAGCAUUUGGCCUUCACCUUCGACAUCUUCUACGCUCUAACACAGAAGAUCUGCCCUCGCACGGACAUUGAGGAGCUCUUCAAGAAGAUCAACGGAGACAAAAGUGAUUAUUUAACCGUAGAGCAGUUAGUCAGCUUUCUGAAUGAAAACCAGCGGGACCCUCGACUCAACGAGAUCCUCUUCCCCUUUUAUGAAGCAAAACGAGUCAUGCAGAUCAUUGAGAAGUACGAGAGAGACGCCGACUUGAAAAAGAAAGGUCACAUGUCCAGCGACGGCUUCUGCCGAUACCUGAUGUCGGAUGAGAACGCUCCGGUGUUUCUGGACCGUCUGGAUCUGUGUCAGGAGAUGGAGCAUCCGCUGGCUCAUUACUUCAUCAGCUCCUCACACAACACGUAUCUGACGGGUCGGCAGUUCGGAGGGAAGUCCUCAGUGGAGAUGUACCGACAGGUGCUGCUGUCCGGAUGCAGGUGUGUGGAGCUGGACUGCUGGGAUGGUAAAGGUGAGGAUCAGGAGCCCAUCAUCACUCAUGGGAAGGCCAUGUGCACCGACAUCUUGUUCAAGGAUGUAAUUCAAGCCAUAAAGGAAACGGCUUUUGUAACGUCUGAAUAUCCUGUCAUUCUGUCGUUUGAGAACCACUGCAGUAAAACGCAGCAGUAUAAGAUGGCCAAGUAUUGCGAGGAGAUCUUCGGAGAGCUGUUGCUGAAGCAGCCGCUGGAGGGAUUCCCAAUCGAAGCCGGGCAGCCGCUGCCGUCACCCAACGACCUCAAGCGCAAAAUCCUCAUCAAGAACAAGCGCUUGAAGCCUGAAGUGGAGCAGAAGCAGCUGGAGUCAUUUAAGAAGCACAUGGAGGCUGGAGAGAUGAGCAUACAGACUGGAGAAGAUGACAUCGAUGAAGAUUUGGACAGCGCACUGGAUGGUAAAGAGCUGAACGCAGACCUGAAGAGCAGCAACACUGUGUCUCUGUCAGAAGAUCCAGAAGCAGAAGCCCAGGACAGCAGCAGGAAGAAGAUCCCAGACGAUGAUGUCACUGAGUUCUCAGAAGUCACUGAAAUCAUGGACGUCACGGACGUGUCAGAAGCGUCGGAGCUGGAGAACAAGAAGAAGAGCGGGGAAACGGCUGAAGACGCUGACGCCGAGCAGCAGCUCAUCGCCUCAUAUAAAUAUGAAGGAGCCACGACCAACAUCCACCCGUACCUGUCCGCCAUGGUCAACUACGCUCAGCCCAUCAAGUUCCAGGGCUUCGAGGUCGCUGAAGAGAGGAACAUCCAUCACAACAUGUCGUCCUUCAACGAGUCUGUGGGUUUGGGCUAUCUGAAGACCAACGCCAUUGAGUUUGUGAACUACAACAAGCGACAGAUGAGCCGCAUCUACCCCAAAGGAGGCCGUGUGGACUCCAGCAAUUACAUGCCUCAGAUCUUCUGGAACGCCGGCUGCCAGAUGGUGUCUCUGAACUUCCAGACUCCAGAUCUGGGAAUGCAGCUGAAUCAGGGGAAGUUCGAGUACAACGGUGCAUGCGGGUACCUCCUCAAACCAGACUUCAUGCGCCGCGCUGACAGGAUGUUCGACCCCUUCUCUGAGACGCCAGUAGAUGGAGUGAUAGCAGCAACCUGCAGCGUACAGGUGUUCUCGGGUCAGUUCUUAUCGGAUAAGAAGAUCGGCACGUAUGUGGAGGUGGACAUGUACGGUCUUCCCACGGACACCAUCCGGAAAGAGUUCCGCACACGGAUGGUGAUGAACAACGGCCUGAACCCGUACUACAACGAGGAGCCCUUCGUCUUCAGGAAGGUCAGACAUCUUCACCUUCACUCACCAGAUUCUGCUUAG